UAUGAACUCGUGACCACACGAACCUGGUUGGACCCAAAAUUGAGUUAUUAAUACCAACAGAAUUUGAAGAUUGCAUCUUACGAUUUCAAUUUUCAAAGAUGAAAAUGGUUCUAAUUUACUCUUCUUGUUCAAUUCAACACUAUUAUUAUACUCUCUAACGAACAACUCAUUCAUGCUUCCUCUGUUCUUCAACUGUUUCGCGCCAUACAGUGGCAGGAGAUAAAGAUUGUACUGUGGCUGAAGCUAGUGCUGGUCUGGUGGUGUUUAGAGUUGGGAACUGUCAUGGCGCCGACCUGUGUUCAGUUGGGAAGAGCAGACUUAUGCAGAAUUGCUGGAACUGUUGACUGGUAUUUACCCAAACAGAGGGGCUAAGGAUUCGUUGAUCUGAAAGUGUGAUGCGGUUGGAUGACACACUGUCAGGAGUCAGGACGGGAUACUUUCUGCAGCAGCAGUCUUUCCAAAAUACAGCAAUUGACCAUGAUCUUAGCAAGGCUUUGAGGUAAAUCUGGAGUAGUGGUGUUCCAUCGAAGAUCGACCUUGUGCGAAGGCUGCUUAUUGACAGAUUACCUACAAGGAUCACUCUGGUGCGAAGAGGUUUGCUAGAUUAAACGAGGAAAAGCAGUUCUGUUUUUUGUUUUCGACAUGACAAAACCUCACAGCACCUAUUUUUUGAGUGUUCCUUAUCUUGUAGGGCGUGUUCAACAGUCACCUUAAUGCACUUUAUGUAUUCAGAGCGAUGAUAAGAAAAAGCUGAAGAAAAAACGUUUCUUAAUUUGGCACUACGAUUUGGUGCAUAUGGGUGAGGCGAAAUAAGAUUAUUUUCAAAAGAGGAGUGGCAGAUGUUCUAGAAUUAUUGAAUCAUAUUAUAAUGGUGUCUUUGAGUUGGGUGGUUGCUCACAGUGCAGGAAGAGCAUCAAGAAGCUGAUUUGAAAUUUAGAGAGAGAGAGAGAGAGAUAGAUUUGAAAGCUGAAAAUGACAAUCGGAGCUCUUGCACCUGAUGCUCUUGUAGCUAAUGCAAACCCAAGGAAGAAAAAGGAAGUUGUUGAUGAAAAUGCACCUUUGUUACCUAUGUGUCAAGAAACAGAUGCUGAGUUUCAUGAAUUCAAUGGAGCUUCAUUUCCUGGGGCUGUUUUCAAUUUGUCCACCACAGUUAUUGGUGCUGGGAUCAUGGGCUUGCCCGCUUGCGUCAAAAAGUUGGGAAUGGUACCUGGUCUUCUUGCCAUAAUCCUAACAGCAUUAUUGACAGAGAAGGCAAUUGAGUUCAUGAUCAGGUUUUCGAGAGCAGGGAAUCUUUCUUCCUAUGGAAGUCUUAUGGGAGAUACCUUUGGGAAAUACGGAAAAGCACUGGUAGAGAUAUGUGUUAUAAUCACUAACGUUGGUAUUCUGAUUGUUUACAUGAUCAUUAUUGGUGAUGUGAUUUCUGGAACGACUUCAGGUGGAAUUCACCAUCCUGGUAUCCUUGAAGGAUGGUUUGGUGUCCAUUGGUGGACUGGGCGCACAUUUGUUGUUGUUUUUACAACACUUGCUGUGUUUGGACCUUUGGUCAGCUUAAAGCGAAUUGAUUCAUUGAGAUUCACAUCUGCAUUAUCAAUUGGAUUAGCAGUUCUUUUUCUCGUCAUUGCUGGGGGGAUCUCAAUUAUCAAGAUUAUUAGUGGACGCAUUGGGAUGCCCAGACUCUUCCCUGUCAUUACUGAUGUAGAUUCUGUUUUUGAUCUAUUCACUGUAUUUCCUGUGCUGAUGACAGCUUAUAUCUGUCACUACAAUGUUCAUAACAUUGAUAAUGAACUGGAGGAUUCCUCACGGAUGCGUGGGGUUGUGCGUACUUCCCUUACUCUAUGCUCUUCAGUAUAUGUACUGACAAGCUUCUUUGGGUUCCUUCUAUUUGGUGAAGGAACUCUUGAUGAUGUGCUUGCCAAUUUUGAUACUGAUUUUGGAAUUCCUUUUGGUUCUGCUCUUAAUGAUGCUGUUCGUUUUAGCUAUGUUGCGCAUCUUGUGCUUGUAUUUCCUGUAGUUUUCUAUGCAUUGAGGGUCAACAUAGAUGGUCUCAUAUUUUCCUCUUCGAGAAGGCCUUUGGUUGUUGAUAACUUCAGAUUUGCAUCAAUUACUAUUGCCCUUGUUGGCACUAUCUUCCUCGGGGCAAAUUUCAUACCUAGCAUUUGGGUUAUUUUCCAGUUCUCUGGAGCAACAGGUGCUGUUUGUAUAGCAUUCAUAUUUCCAGCUGCAAUCACUUUGAGGGAUCGAUACAACAUAGCAACUAAAAAAGACAAGAUUAUGUCUGUCCUUAUGAUAGUGAUGGCGGUUUUUUCAAAUGCUGUGGCUAUAUACAGUGAUGUUUCUGCUUUGAUCAACAAGAAGGAAACUUAAUGUGAGCGAUUCCUUGAUUUGAUAGCUCACAGUACAAGUAUUUCCAUACUUUCAGAUGAAAGGAACAUAAUUUCUGAUGGUUGUAUAAAAUUAUUUUUUUGUGAGGGUCUGAUAGGUUGAUUAAUAUAAACAAAGCUACCAUAUGUGCAUAUAUUCUUCAAAACUGUGUGAUGGCCUGCAACAUGUUCAACGUUGGUUAUAACAGAGUAGAGUUAUAACAUCACAAAUCCGAAGCUGUAUACGGACAUGGUAUGAAAACAAACUCAACCCAACUGUCGACAUGAUUAAAAAAUAAAUGAAAAACACAAUGCUAUAUUUAUCCGACUCCGACUACAUAUUUGUUGCCAAAAUAUCAUAUUUCUUUUGUAACAUGCAAAAGCAUCCCAGAAUAUAGGAUGCAUGUUACUAAAGGGAUGUGCCGGUGGUUGUGAAAGAAUGGUCAAGUUCAAGCAGUUUUGGACAAGACAAAUAAAUUGAAUUAUGGAUUUGAACAUGUGUGGCUUGUUAAUAGAUUGUUUUCUAAAUUUUCCUUGUAAUUGAACUGUUGAUGCACUUCAUAGUAUGGCACAAUUAUAUAUGUUUUCGUUGAUUGGUUGUAAGAAGAGGUUGAAAAGAGAGAAAUAUGUGAAAAUGUAGUAGUUUUGACAUAAAGUGUGGUAUAAGAGAAAGAGGAGAGAAGAAAUAGAAGUGAAUCGAAAGUGAGAAGAGAGUUCACAAAAA